GCAGCCAAGGGCGGGUGGGGGAAAGGAUUGGAGCUGUGGGGGGCUGCGUGCAAGCGUGGGGAGGAAGGAGACCUCCAGAAAUCGAGAAGGCAGGAGGCUGGCAGGAGACGAGAGGCCAAACCCAGCUGCAGCGAAGAGAAGAGGCACGAGAUCGCUGGCUUAGAGGCACACCAUUCUCCAGCAAGGCUUCAAGCAGAGAUCACACAAGCUUCUGGGAGAAACAACUACUUUGAAAGAGAAGACUCGGAAAGCGCCCAGUGAGGUCCAUUCAAGGGUGGAUGGAUCCUGUCUUCUAAAAGGGACCCCAGAAGAAGCAAGCCACCCGAGCCCCCAGCCUGCAUGUCUGUCUGCAACAACGGCAUCAGGAUGCCCUCUCCGCAUGAGGCUUCCAAUGGCUUCCCCCAGCCCAGUGCCUCGGGCACGUGGCACAAGUCCGAGGAAGAUACCCGGCUGGUGGAGGCCGGCUUGGUGAAGAAGGCCCAUCGAGAGAUCUUGGAUCAUGAGAGGAAAAGGCGUGUGGAGCUGAAGUGCAUGGAACUCCAGGAGAUGAUGGAAGAGGAAGGAUAUCCUGAAGAGGAGAUCCGGCAGAAAGUGGGAACUUUCCGGCAGAUGCUGAUGGAAAAGGAAGGCGUUCUCACCCGCGAGGACCAACACGGAAGGCAAAUAGUGAUAGAAAACCAUCACAUGGUGGACGGAGAGGAAUACGCAAUGGAGUAUCCCGCCUACGGGGAGGGCUACCCCCUUGGGUGUGAUUGUGCGGCUGACUGCUAUCAAGAUGACAGCAGUCACAGAGAGUACAGGCUUAAGAGGCAGUCCAGCUCUUCAACCUCCCCCCCACCCAAGAAGAAAAAGAAAAAGAAAUCAGGUCACCGCCGAAGCCGCAAAAAGAGGAAACCCGGAUCGGAGCGCAGUGAGGAGAGCUCUUCUCCGAUCCGGAAGGAGAAGAAGAAGAAAACAGCGAAAAAGCAUAGGAGGGAAAGAUCUGCAUCCGGAUCCCGCAAGAAGAGGAGGCACAGGUCCAGGAGCCCCAAGAGCAAACGGAAAGAGAAAAACAAAAACCGCAAAAGGUUGCACAGCGAAUCAUCUACCCAACGGUCCCACAGGCAUAGCAGCUGCAGUUCCAGGAGCGCCUCCCUCUCUUCAGGUUACAGCAACUGCAAAUCGACAAGUCGACUGAGCCCCAAGCACAGAGAGGAUGGCCAGAAGGCCAACAGCCAUCGGUCGAGCCGGAGUCCCUCCUCUUCUUGCACCGGCCACAGCCGCUCAGCCACACCUCACCAAAACGGACACAAGGGCAGCACCCAGAACGGCCGCCAUAGUCACGGUGUCCUAUCGGAGAAACAGCAGGAGAGGCUGGAUUCUGCGUCACCUUCGUCCAGGGUGCACGUCAAGGGUGCCGAGGCACCAUCCCCUCAUGUCAAAGUUGGCAGGGGGAGCAAACAUGGUCCCAAGACCCCACGGCAGUCCACAUCGCCAGGGAGGUGCUCCGGAGGCGAGAAGCACGUUCGCAGGCGCCGAUCGAGAUCUGCUUCGGUGCAUAAGCACAAAGGGCGAGGCAGGGCCAAGGGCUUUGGUCCCAAGGACUCCCCGCAUUCUGUCAGCCAAACAGGCUACAGCAGCGACUCAGAGGGGUCCACCAGCUCGCACCCAUACCACACGGCAGGCGGGGCAGAGAAGAACCACGGGGUGCACCUGAAAACGGUAAGGGAAAGGCAUCAUCGUAGUAGGCCUCACAGCUGCUCCCCACCCCCAACCAAACACUCCAGGCACAAUUCUGGGAGAAGGAGGAGUCUGUCACGCAGCAGCUCUUGGAGUUCGAGUCGGUCACCCUCGAAAUCACGGUCUCGGUCCCGGGAGAAGAGGUCUGCUCGCAGCAGGACUCGGUCUGGAUCACAGAAGAAAAUCACAAGCAGCAGAGAGAAAGACAACGAGCAGCGAACCCGGCACAGUGACACUGAACCAACCCGCGCCCGGCGUCGCUCCCGAAGCUAUUCCCCCAUCCGAAAGAGAAGGCGUGACUCCCCCAGCUUCAUGGAGCCCCGAAGAAUCACGAGUGCCCGCAAGCGUCCGAUCCCCUACUACCGGCCCAGCCCAUCCUCCUCCAGCUCGCUGAGCAGCUAUUCCUACAGCCGCAGCCGCAGCUAUGACAGCUACAGCCACAGCCGCAGCCGGACGCACAGCCACAGCCGCAGCCCGAGCUACAACAGCUGUACCAGCUCUGAGAGCACCGGCUUUUGAGCCCCAACACCUGGGUUGCUGGAGAACCUGGGCUUUGCCCUCUCCCCAACCUAGUCUCUUCCCCAGGCAUGCCCAAUUUAAAUCUGGGGAUCCAAUGCCCAUCCAGCGCCAGUCUCUUUGUCCCUUCUCUGUCUCAUCCGGAGCCUGCUCAUCAUAUUUCUGGAGAGGCUGGAUGUCUCCCACCAGUGAGGGCAGGGAGGGUAGCUGGUCCAACACAGAAUCAUGGAAGUCUACAGAGGAGAUUACAUCAGGGGAAUGAGAAACUCUUGAGAUGAGUAAGCCCCCAUGAAAAGAACACAGUGUGAAGGGAGAUUCAAAACUCUCCUUGUAAGCAAAAGCUCUUGGCAAAUAUCAGUGAAGAUCAUCUCAAGAUUGAUAAAGGUGGGGAGAGGUGUGAUUCCCCCCCAUAAUUUGUACUGGCAGAAAUUUGGGAGGGAUUCUGGGGGGGGCGGGAAUACGUGUACGGGUGGAUGAGACCCACAGAGCAAAUGAACAAACUUAUCGUGAAACUUUGGACUCCAGGAAAGAAAAUAUGGUCCUCUGGGGUUUUUCCCUCCUUUCCUGAACAGACAGCUCACAGAAGAUACUUUCAUUGUUAUUUAUUUAUUUAUUUAUUUUGCUCCAGGACCACCUGGGGGAACCCAUGUUUAAUUAAUUUGGGGGCUGGAAGGGAGGUGGGGUUUGUGUGUAAAUGUUCGUGGGAAGAAAUCUUGCAACCAAGUUGCUGGGCUGAGGUUUGGUUGUAUAGGGAAGGAAGGAAGGAAGGAAGGAAGGAAGGAAGGAAGGAAGGAAGGAAGGAAGGAAGGAAGGAAGGAAGGUGCAGAAGAGGAAUAAAAGGAAGGAAGGAAGGAAGGAAGGAAGGAAGGAAGGAAGGAAGGAAGGAAGGAAGGAAGGAAGGAAGGAAGGAAGGAAGGAAGGAAGGAAGGAAAAUCAGACUCUGUCCUGAGCAGAUGCUAUCUCUCAGUGUAGCUGGAAUGGACCACCCUUCAGUACUGAAGCACGUGAUUUGGGCACAGGUGCAAAUAGAGCAUGCAGGGCUAGCAAUCCAACCUCACACACUUUUCUACAGGUGCAGCCUGUCAGAUAUUGGCAGUAAGGAGCCCAUUUUGGAAGUCAGGCAGCCCAGCAACCUCUUUCUAUCCUUCUAAACCAUCACUUCUCUUCUGUGCUCUGGUCUUGGAGAUGGGGUCAUCGUCUUUGCUUUGAGGGGACCCCUGGAGCCACAAGCCCCACACACGGACUGCCCAGCAGAUGGUUCACACCACUUGGGUUCUUAUUAUAGUAUGGCAGAUCACAUCGGUUUCCCCUGCAUAGAAGGUCAAAUGUCAACCAGUAGAGCAAGUGAAAAGGCCACCGGGGGUGCGGAGUGGCCAUCCCAAAGGAGGUCUGGGGAGCAAAUCUCUGGGUGUUGACCUUUCCACCAGCAGGAGGGUGCCAGUAACUUGGCUGUAGCUGUGCCACACCUGCCAUGUUCAUCAGAGAGAAAGAAAGCAAAGAGAGAAAAAGCGGGUGGGUAACCUGGAGUUGCCUUUGCGAUCCAAGAACCUGCCAGCUGUCCAUCUUAAGAGGUCCCAAUCACCUGCUGCUACCAAUAUCCGAUGCAAGGACACCGCUAAUAAAAACGGCCACCGUGAGGACUAGCACCUUGGCAUAAUGUAUAGCAGAGGCAGAUUCUGCCCGAGCAGGACAUCUGGAGAGUGGGAAGGCAAGACAGUCAAGCGCUGUUCACCGAGGAGAAGAGUCAGAAUGCAGUGUGGACUCCAAAGCAUCUUUGGACGCGGACACCCACAAUCCAUGAAUGUGAGAUGGAGAAGACAGUUUUACAGGCUCUGCUUCCAAACCCCGUGCUUGCAGACUCGCUCAUACCAAGCAAUGCUUAAGACCCUGAGGAGGGGGUAGAAGAGCUGGGCAGCUUCAACCCAGUGGCGACUGCAGUUCUAUUCUCCGACUGGAUUGUCCUGUCCAGACCAGCCAACCCAGUAUGAACAUUUGCUAUAGCGCAAGUCAGUAUCAUGCCCAGCCGUACAUGGGUGCAACCCAGAUUUAACCAGGGAAAUCAGAAGCAACGUCCUCAUUCUUUAUUGGGGAAGCAAUAUUUGAUGCUCAUUGGCAAUGUAAACGUUUUGGUGCCAGA